GGUAUAUUACAAGAUUUGAUCGACUUAUUGAGAUACAUAUAAUAUUCUAGACGUAUUUUUUAUUUUCGCUGGCGUUUACAAUGUACGUAGUCAGUUAGCAUUCAAAUGUAAUGUUUUACGGUAAAAAAAUACAACGGUAUAAUGAAAGUAGUGAUUUCUGAUUAUAAAUAUGUGAUUGUUUUGGAAUUAGUGUGAUUGGCGUAGUAAAGUUAACAAACCUUAUCUCAUUAUCAAAAGUAAAGGAAUACCUUUCACAUAAUUGUCGUAUAAUGCUGAAUAGUGUGUUAAUAUAGCCAAUCAAUAUGGAACUAAAGAAAAUUGAGACAGAGGAAAAAAUUUAUUCUCAAAUCCUAGCAGUUUUAGUAGUUUCCUUAGGGCUUUUCUCAAAUGGGAUAAUCUUCGUUUGGAGUUCACCGUUUAGCUUGGUCAUAACUCAGGAUAAAGUUAACUAUGACAUUUCAGAAGAAGAAGCAUCAUAUUUUAUAGUAAUUCAACCAGUUGGAAUGAUAACAUGUAGUUUAUUUUAUUUUAAAAUCGCCGACUUCCUGGGAAGAAAAAAGGCCUUAUUUUUCUUAACCGUUCCUUACCUAAUUAGUUGGCUAAUAACAAUUUUUGCCAAGAGCAAAUUCGAGUUUUAUGCCGCCAGGUUUAUUGCUGGCAUUGGAGAUACCGCAGCAUUUUGCAGUAUUCCAUCUUAUGUUGGCGAAAUUCUUUCCCCAUCAAUUAGAGGCUUCUGGGGAAAUUUUCCUUUAUUCAUGCAUUACUGCGGACACCUUUUCAUAAAUGUGGCAGGAAGUUACCUGAGUGUCCAAACAACAGCCUACAUCUGCAUCGCCAUUCUAGUCGUAUUUGCCUUAUUAUUGACAGCACUUCCAGAAUCUCCUUACCAACUGAUCAAAGAUGGAAAGUUUGACGCUGCAAAGAAAAGCAUUCGAUGGUUACGACGCAAGCCUAACAUCGAACAAGAUUUCCAGAGUAUGAAAGCAGAUGUAGACCGACAACUUUCCGAAAGAGGAAAAUGGAAAGACCUUUUCCUGAUUGAUAGUAACCGAAAGGCCCUGAAAGCUGGUUGCUUCCUACGGAUUUCUCAGCAACUGUGCGGAAUAACUGUAUUCGCUACUUAUUCGCAGACGAUCUUCCAGAAAGCUGGUGGCAACUUGAGCCCGCAAAUUUCAUCAAUUAUUUUCAGCAGCCUUGUUUGUAGUUUGAACUUGAUUUGUUGCAGUUCGGUGGAUAAGUGGGGCAGAAAACUUUCAUACUUUUACUCCUUGAUCGCAUCCGGUACUGUGCUCAUAGCUAUGGCAGUGUUUUUCUUUAUCGAUCAAUUUCAAUUUGCCAAUCUCGACAAAAUCAAUUGGUUUCCGUUAGCAGGAAUGAUUUCCUUCGUAUUCACAUACUCAUUUGGCUUGGGAGUGGUACCUACUUUAAUGUUGAGUGAACUAUUUUCGGCCAGUAUCAAGUUUAAAGGAAUUUGUAUCCUUAUUAUAGCAUGGGGCGUUGCAGUAGUUGUAACAACCAAUUUGUUCCACCUUUUAACUGCUAACGUGGGAUUAUAUGCUCCAUUUUUGGUUUUCGGUGUUUGUUGUUGGAUGAGCACGAUUCUAACUAUUCGAUGGGUACCAGAAACUAAAGGAAAAACUUUAGAAGAAAUACAACAAUCUUUGAAAAGAUAAACAUUGUAUUUUAAUGCAAAAAAUAUCUAUAGUUAGUCCAAAGAAUGCUUGGGUGAUUUUUGUAAAGCAAAGUGAGCAAGUCAAUUUUAAUAGUUUAAGCCGCGAAAAAUUCCUUUCAUAAUAGUUUAAACUGAAAAUAUUCAUCCCUUUUAUAUAAGAUCAUUAAUUUAAUAUUCUCCACUUUAUCUUCCUCAAGAAAAAUUUUAUGACGAAUCAAGCUUAAACAGCACUUUGCUGUCUAUCUACAUACACACAUAAAGAUUAGGAAUUUCCAUUUAGAAAUGGCCAAAGCUACAGUAAUUGCGUAUAUUCUGUCUAAAGAUUAUGUCUGUAAAGAUUCUUGAAUACCAAAAUAAAACGGCUGAUUUACAUUUGUUAGGACGGUAUUUAAUGUUAUUAUUAUUAUUAUUUGAAUAACAUUAACGUUUUUCCCAGACAUAACUUUUAAAGCAUUAACUUUUGAAACAUUUCAUAGUACUUAUUAACGAGUUAUACUGGGAAUAUGCUAUUAAGGAGCAGAAUAGCAGAAUAUGAAUUAAUUAAGAGUCCAUUUGCAAUACUAAGUAAGUUUGAUUCGCCACAUGAUUCUGAAGCAGUUUUUACAGCUGAACAAAGUUUUCCGAAUGAAUUUUUAUUUUUUUUAUUCCACAGUUCUCCUUCCGCAAUAAUUGCACAAUGUGAGAAUGUGAGCUACACAGAGUGACGCAGUUUAUUGUAGCUGAACUACAAAAAUCCGCCAUAAAAGUUUAAAACCUCCAGUGGUACCUACUAAUUUGCGUUCCAGGGUGGCGAAGUUGCUCAUUUUUUAUUUUUGUAAAAUUGCAUACAAUUUUCAAGUUAUUGUUAGCAAUUAUGAUACUGUCGGAUAACUAGAAAAACUGUCCAAAAUGUAAUUAACUUGCGUCCCACUUACGGCUUUUCCUGAAUGUUUAAAAUAAUAUUUUUUUAGCUUACCAGCAUCACUUUCAAUUGCCAACAAAUCGAUUCUUUUUUCACACAUUUACGAAAAAAAUAUAAACCUACAUAAAUAACCAUUUUUGAGUGUUUUAAA